AUGCGAGGGAAGGACCUCAACCAGGGAUACCUGAACUAUGUGGAGCCCGACAGCACCUCUUCGACUUCGGAGAUCGCGGAGAUGCUGGACGAGACUCCGGGUCUAGAACGGGAGGAGGAGGCUGCUCACUUCAUCACGUAUCGCAACAACCUCAACAAGAUCCUCGUCACGCCCUACUCCAAGCAGAAGUGGGAGAUGGAGCACCCCCCCCUCCGCCUCGACAAUGAUCCAUCCAAGGUGUUCAAAGAAGGAGGCGUAAUCUACCUCGAGGUGGUGAUGACCAACCGAAACCAGGGAAAGCUCGACCGCACUAGCUACUGGGGGAGGAGGUUCGAGACCCUGUGCGUGCUAGGGGUGGAGGGGGCCAGGCUCGACGAGCUGCAGAGAGGGCCAGGCGAUCUACCCCGGCCGAGCUAUUGCGGACUGUAUCGGUCGAGGCUGGGCAGCCACAAUCUCUUGAUGGGUGCGGAGAUCGACGCGUGCCGGCCCGGUGACCCCGGAAGAUUCGUCGAGAUCAAGACCACGAGACUCAUCAGAGACUCCAAGGACGAGCAGAUCUUCAAGAAGCACAAGACCCUUAAGUACUGGGCACAGUGCUACUUGGCAGGCGUGCGGGACAUCGUUCUCGGGUACAGAGACGAUCACGGCAUAGUUCGGGACGUCAAGUCUUGGACCACCGACGGACUGGUGGAAUCUGUCGACAAGAACAAGCACUGGGACAAGGACGUGUGCCUGAACUUCGCCGACCGGUGCCUGUCGUUCCUCAAGGACAACGUUGACGAGGGCUUGCGCUACAGCUUCAAGUACCUCGAGCCCUUCGACCACCUUACCCUAGAGCAGCUGGCCCCGCAGACGAUGGCCGCUGGCGGUGGUUCCGCCGCCACCGCCGGCGCCGGCGCCGGCGCUGUCCCGGGAGCAACGCCUGGCGGCGGUGUUGGGGUUGGUUACGCGUAACCCGCGUUGCCCCAGCUCCUCCGCCGCCGUCAUUGUGAAGUAGCUCUUGUGACGAGUGCCCACCUUCCCAGCUGGCCUUCUGUGUUACCACCGCAUAUGUUGCAGAAUUAUAUGGCGCGUUUCAUGUCGUGCCGCGUGGUUUUGCCGAGUCUGCAUGUAUGCUUGAGGGAGUGCCCGGGGCCGUGGGGGAAGCUUUCUUAUUCUCGUUGGGAUGGUUCAAUGGGGAAUAAUUACUUUGACCCGGUUCCCGUGUAGCCUUGCUUGCGCGUCUUGGCGUAUGAGGUGGGUAGUUCAGUCAAGAUCAGGCCGUUCAUGAUGUUGUGUUCCAAGGUUCGGCUACGCUGAGUGUGUCCGACGACAGUUUUGAACGGCAUUCUGGUCAAGUGGUGUGCGGAUCCAUCGUCGUGCGGCCUUGAGUUUGUGGCAAAAUAUUGAAAGAGAAUGGCGCAUGGGUAUCCGAGUAUAGGGGCACCGGCGCUCCUGGUAUCCCUACCUCACCCCGCUCGGGCGUGCGCGUUGUUUGUGGCGGUCGUUGCGCAAGAAUUCCUAUGCGAGACUUCUUUGUGGUGGUGGCAGAGAGAGGGCACCAGGCUGGAACAACAUCCGGCGGCAUUCCUUGCACCGACCGUAAAGUUUCAGUAGUUUUUUCUUUUCGUAAACGCACCAAAUGAUCGUUUUUCCGCAUUGCUAAGGGAAAACUGCUCUGAAACUCAUGUGAGAAAGAAUCCCAGGUCAUCAUUUGAUUGGACCAUCAUUGCCAAUCAUCGUUGUCUGCUCUCCCUCCCUGUCACGAAACCGAAUUUUUUGCCUGGGAUUUGAGUUUGAUACCGUUUUGGAGACUUCGUAACGCGUGGCACCAAUUGCAUGUUGUUUGCACCGCAACCGUUGUUUAUUUCAACAGCAGAUCAGUAGCUACAUAGCUUGUUUGGGUGUCACGCCUACAUUGUAUCCGAGCCUAUCAUUCGGCGGUUGUCGCUCGUGAUGUGUCGCAUGGGGGGGGUUGUUCGAGUCUAGGAAGCACGGUGUUUUUUUCCGUGUUCACCUGUUUCCGGCCUCGAGUCCAAAACUUGUCCAAUUGUAUGUGCAUGUAUCUACUGGAAGCACGGUGUUUUUUUUUCCUUGUUCACCUGUUUCCGGCCUCGACUCCAAUACUUGUCCAAUUGUAUGGUGUGUAACAGGGUUUAAUGAUAUCAAGAAUCGCGGCUGACUGCUCUCUGUUGGCCUCAAAAGUUCAACCUGAUUCAGUAGGGUCC